GAGGCCAGUAGAGGCCACCUGCGCUGGACGCACCUGAGGGGACGUCGCCAGCUACUGACUGAUCCUCAGACUCCCUUAUAAAAUAUUAAGGGUGAGCCGCCCAAGAUGAGUCUGGAAUCGUUGUUUCAGCACAUCAUCUCCACUGAGCACCAGGCUGAGGAGAACCGCAGAGUGAUGCGGGAAGUGAGGUCGAAUAUUGCCAGAUGUCGUGGGAAAAUUAAGAAAGCAACAGAGGAUCUAAGUGAAGAGAAAAUCAAGUUGGAAUCCAAGGUUCAGCAGUUUUCUGAAAAAUCUUUCCUCUUGGAGCUUUUGAAAACCCAUGAAAACGCAUUAGAGAGACAGCGCAAUGAGAUUAUCGGCGAGCGGGACACACUGCUCCAAGCCUGCGAGGCUAUAAAGAAAAAAGCCACAGAGGAAGAGGAAAGAUUUAUUAAGGAAAUUACAGACUUCAAUGACAAUUAUGAAAUAACCAAGAAAAGUGAUACUUUGAUGAAAGAAAAUAUCAAGAUGGAAAUUGCUGACUUAGAAAACCAGGCAGAUGUUUUGAGAGGGGAGAUGAAGUCAAUGGAAUGUAACACUGGCCAGUUACGGGAACUUCAAAAACUAAAAAGUGAACUGUUACAAGAAUUAUUUACUCUCCAGAAAAAGCUUAAAGUUCUUAAAGAUGAAGAGACUGAAGCCAUUUGUAUCACCAGACACCUAGAGGCAGAAAAAAUCAAAAUAAGAGAAAAGCCUCACCAUGAUCCCGAGUGUGUGCGGCUCAAAAGGGAGUUAGAACUUUAUAAAGCAGAAGACAUGGAAAGUGUGUGCAGAGCUCUCCAAACAGAAGUAGACCUUCUGGGGUCGACACUGGCACCAAAGGAUCCCCAGGACAACAACUCCUCAAGCCGAAGAGCCAUCCAACUUGAGCAUCAUGGAACCAAACAUGAGUGAGGCCUGGAGAGCAGAUCUCCACAUGGACGUGAGGAGAGCUGGAGAGCACUGACUCUGUUGUGGACAUACAUGAGAAGUUUUAUCUUGUUUCUUAAGGGGUCCUUAUGCAGUUUCUAAAGGGAAAGAAAGAAGAUACUAAACUCCAGGCUUCUUAAGGUGGUCUGUCCUUUCUGAUCUGUCUGUCUCAUUUUUUAUUGUAGCUUACCCUAGGUCUUGUCAAACAUACACAAAAAGAAAUGUUCAGGUUAUUGAUUCAAUUUUGUUGGUGCCAUUUCUGCCAGCGAAGAGUGCUUACUUUUGAUUUUUAUUCUUUUUUUCUUUUUCCAAUCAUAAAAUGUCUGUCAACAGUGAUCAUUUGAGGCCUUUCAUUCCUGUGUGAGUCUACAGAGCUUUAAAGUCUGAGGUAUUUGCAGACAUUCACCACUGGUUCCUUAGGUCUGUGGCUAUUACAUAAUGUUCAUAAGUUGAGUGAAUCUAUGUGCACACUCCUGUCCACUCACACCCUCUGUAGAGUGAAACUCUGGGAUAGCCUCGAGAUGCCCUGCUGUGCUGUUCCCACACAGUGGGACUUGUGCAGAAUCGACUGCCACUUACAUGACUGUCAUCUGCUUGCCUGUCCUGUGGAACUGUAGGUGGAAUAUUCAGUGACAGGAGUAGAAACACUGUGAGAAGGACUGGGAGAAGGACUGAGACUUGCUGUUUUCACAUUUAAAAUGAAAUAAAUAACUCAAGAUUUAAGCCACUGUUCACAUAGUCAAAGGUAUGGCACUAUGCCCGUGUGACUGGGACUGUGUCCCCAGGACAGGUUCUGUGAAGCCAAGGACCAGCAGCCAUCAGCAGCCAUGGGUUAGUAUGCCCGUGUGACUGGGACUGUGUCCCCAGGGCUGGUUCUGUGAAGCCGAGGACCAGCAGCCAGCAGCCGCCGUGGGGUAAAGCCGAGUGGCCCCACUGGCAUAGGCCUUCUCCAAUUGCUUUCUUCUCCUUUUACCUAUUUGUAAGUCAUAAACGUCUUGGAAGGAAACUUAACUGAAAUUGUGUGCAUAUAAAUAUGUCUCAGACUGAAUUUCACUACUCUGGAAGUGAGAUGAUGACUACAGAGAGAGGCAGUUUGUGAUCAAGUGAGUAUUCAUUAAGUAAAUUCGUUAAAUUGGUUGUGCGUUUAGUCAUGAGCAAAGUGCCACUAACCCAUGUGAUUCCACCGCUGUACGUGCCUGGCCUGCCAUGCUGCCAUGGGUCUUUAAUGUCACCCUACUUCUUUCAAGAAGCAAUUUCUAAUUUUUACCUCUCUACUGGACACUAUUAGAAUGUAUAGCUUGUUGCAUGUUCUCCUGUUGAUUGAGGGAGCCACUUGGCUAGAGAAAAAAUAGCAACAAGGUCAUAGGCUGUGGCGCAUGCAUAGUGGGGAUUCCUGCCUCUUCUCAGACCUUAGUGGUGAAAGGCAGGAGAUGCAAAGAGAAGAAAGAGCUUUACGGUCGUGCAGCCAAACAUGGCUGCCGCCUCCUCGUUUUGUUCAGAACACAUUUUCCUUGGUAAAAGAAACAAAGAUUAAAGGGCAUUUGCCUGCCUGCUAAAACAAGGAUGAGAUUUUAAAAGCCUAAAAGAAGGUUGAGGUCAUUGUAGUAUAAUCAGUUAGGACCAGGAAGCAGAGUGAAGCGGGGGUUCUCACUGUGGGUGGGAGCUCUGCUGUGAACGACAGCAUGCUCGGUGCUUGCAGACGGACAGACAGCACACUCUGGCCAAGCCCCCUUCUCAGCUUUGGCCAAGGACAAAGUCCCUUUCUAUUUUGCACCCAUCAAUAACUAUGUCACACUAUGAUGAAUACAUCAUUUAUUUGCAGUCCAGAAACAAGUAGCAGUUCAGGGACAUGAUGAGCAAUGAAGGAAACUUAGGCGUGGGUAUGGCAGGCUGGGGUGCUCUGUAGCAAAUGUCUGCUACAAAGCUUGGACUGUGGGUCUGCUCGGCAUCCUAGUGAGCCUCAGCACCUGGAGCUGCUCUGUUUACCCUGGGCCUCCAGGUUUGCUUGUUCUGCCUCUCUCCAGUCUUUGCCAUUUGAAAAAAAUGUAAGUUUGGCUCUCAGAAUCCAGUUCAGAACAUUUUCAGUCAAGGGGAUUUUUUUAGGAUAUGAACUAAAAGUGAAAAAUAUUUCAUGUCAUUAGCCUGGAGCAGGGAUUAAGUCUUAGAGGUUUCUGCUCUUGUUAUCUUAAUACAACAGAUUUUUGUUUUGUUUUAUUUUAUUUUAAUGUAAGAAUGGAGCACAGUUAUCUCUGGAAAUGCUUGACGUAGGAAUGCAUAGUUAUCUGAUUUUGUGCUUUGUGGAUAUCGAAUUUUAAAGUUAAAUGGUUUGUUUGUUUUGUUUUGGCUCCGUCUAAGAGUCAAAGAAUCAUACUGGGGACUCAGCUUCAUUUUCUUUAGUUCACUGCAGAUAUGAAAUAAAUAAUGCACAACUGAGUAAUAACCCAUGAAGGCUAUUGUAUCAGGCCCCUCCUCCAUGCAGGAGAAGCCCGAUUCACUGUUUCUGUUGGUGGAGGCGCAGGUUUAUUAAACACAAGGACGACCUGCACACAGUAGAGCGCGCCUUUUUUGACUGGAGGAGGCAGGAGAGCACACCAGAGACAGGCCGGUGGGGCGUUCCCAGUGCUGCUGUGGAAAGUACCGAGCUGUCUGUCGGAAUUGAGUGCUUAUAUUUAAACAACUGCUUCUGAUACAUAGCAAGUUUGUCUUUUAAAAGUCUGUAUAAAAUCAACACCACCAGGAUUCAGACGUCGGGGAAAAUAAGAGGAAGUGAAAUGUGAAAUUAAUAGCAAUGAGUGACAUAGGAGCUGUUCUGAGGCCCUGAAGCAGGAGAAAUGCUUUUGUUUUUCUCUGUACAGUCAGAACUCCACGCCUCUCACAAUUCUAAGUUCAUUAUUUUCAUACUUGUAAUAAAUUGCCAUCCUAAUUAGUUGGUAAAUAAAAUCUUGUUAAAAUAAAAUCCUCUUAAUCUCCAUCUAAUAGAUGCAAAUACAACACUAAUGAAUACUUCUGGAUUCAGCCUGGCGGUUACUAAAGCCACCAUUACAUUGUCAUUGGAAUGGUUUCUGUGGGUGUUGAAUAAGAAGUCCCUACUGUGUGAGUUGGGGGGUGGGGCACACGGCCAGUGUUGUAGAAGUUGUAAAUCCAGUGCCCGUCAAAGUUUGCAGAACACGGAGACUGUAUUCCUAAGAACAUCUUUAACCAGUGGCAUCGGAGCAUGCUUUUGAGUGCCUCGGUACACAGCAAGCAAGUACUGCAGCUUUACAGGCAGGGUUGAGGUUUGAGUUGGUGGUCUCAUUAGUGUGAGGUCACAGAGAGCUAUAAGUUUUUACACUUUAUUUACACUUCAGUUGCUCAGAUUCCAGUGAUAACAUACCUCAAAGAUUUUAAAAUUUUGCUUGGAAUUGAAAAUCUACCCAACAGCUAUUGUCAGAGAAGCUUGAACAGUUACUUAAACCAGCCUCUAAUUCUAGAAAUCACAGAAUUAGUCAUGAUCAGCAAAUGGGUAUUUCAGCUAGCUGAAAAUAUCUUCUUAUUGCCCUCAGUACAGAACAGGCUGGAAUGUUGCUGGAAACUGACUUGAGAAUCUCUUGAAAACAAUACUCAUCCAUCCUCCUUGGUUAGACUUUUUACAGACGUGUGUGUGCGUGUGCGUGCGCGUGCGCGUGCGCGUGCGUGUGUUAGCAUUAACUUGUGGUCAUUGAUAAGUACUAAGGAUGGCAAUGGUGGUAAGAGGUUCUCAUCCUUGACAGUCCGCUAAGGUGGGCAGGAGUGCAGACUGAGACACGUUCCAGAAGGACAGCAUACAAAAGAAUCAGCUGACUUAACUGAAGCGUUCUUGCUCAGUCCAGCUUCCCCACUUACAGUCUCUCUCCAUCUUGCAUCAGCUGCCGAGAUCUUGGCUCCAGGCCUGCCCCUCUCCUCAUCGGCUGCCCAUCCUGGCUCCAGACUGGCCCCUCUCCUCUUACAUACUCCUCUUCAGCUUCACGGGCUUGCUCUGUAUUCUCCGAAUUGGACCAACCUGUUCUGACCUUGGGGACGCCUCAUGAGCUGUUCUGCGCUUGGAAGGCUUCCCAUCACCCAUCCCUGUUUGGCACCUGCUUCUGUCAGUCAAGUGUCAGAUGAAAUGACAUCCUCAGAGAUGGCUUCCUUCAGACAGUCUUAGGUUGUUGUACACUUGCUGUGACUGAUCAGGAAUCGCCUGCUGUAGAUGCCUGUGCUCGGUUCUGGGAAGAUGGUAGACCAUAGGUGGUGAAGCCUUUCUGGAGAAAGUAGGUACGUGGGAGAUGAAUGUGAAGUUUAAACUUUAUUCCUGUCUCUUUUCUCCCUCCUUCUGCCCUGAUGUUUAGCUGAACCUCAGACCCAAAGUGAUGGACCCAUCCAUGAACUGCAGAAACUGCAUGCCAAAAUGAAGGGCCUCCUGUUUGUAGCCUCUGAAGCUGUAACACAACUCCUCCACUUAACUCCCAUCCUUUGAGUCCAAUCUUAAUGUCUUUCUCAUUUUUCUUUUCUGUUAUUAUCACUAAACUCUAAGUUUUAGGAGGGCCACUAUCUUGUACUCCAUUCUUCUCUCAGGACACAGCAGUCUCUGUCUGGCAUAUAGGGAAUAUUCAAACCUAUGUGCUAAAAUGUGGUUUGAAUUGGUUUUUUAUUUCAUCCACAUAUAUUAAUAUAAAUUGAUUCUCUAGUUAAUCCGACUCCAUUCAUUGAUGAUUUUCUGGGUUGAAUCACCCUAUCUUCUUCUCAUUAAUUCUGAACCAGUUUACUCACUGGAAAACAGGUAGUGAUGAUCCUUGCUAAUUCCAGAGCCUCUCUGUGUAGAACAGACUAUAAAAUGAACUAGGAAAGAAUAAUGAUCCCACAUACCAUCAUGGAGGAAGUCUGUAAGCCUCUCAGUGGUCACGUUCAGCUCUCCAUUAUCAAGCUGUUGAUUGACAGAUAAUAGUUAUGAACACCGGCUUUUCACCAGCUGCUAGACUAGAAACUGAACAUGGCAUGCUGCUCGCGAGCUAUGAAAGUGCACUUGAGUCCCUUAAAAGCAUUGUUUCUCUGUGGUAAUAGGAAAUUUCAAAAUGUAUUUGCUUCUGUGGGUUGGUUCAGUCUUUCUGAUCUGCAAUCCAGUUUAAACAAUUGUGUUAGCACCAUAUUUAGAAAAAUAUAUGAGCGCCACCUGCUGGAUUUCUCUAGUAUCACAUUAAGCAGGAUGGUUUAACAAAAUUGGUGGGAUUGGUUUGGGGGCUCAAGUUUGGGCAAGACAAACCUUGUAAAAGACUGGUUCAGGAGGGAAUGAUGGUUUCUGCCUGUGAUCCUGCCUUUCUGCAGGUGGGGCAACAGGAGAAGGAGUUCAAGGUUAGCCAGGGCGACAGUGAAAAGCCCCACCUCAAACAAAACAACCUUUUGUUCUUUACUUUCCACUACAAUUUUUUCCAAGUAUAAAUUUUGUAUCUCUGUGUAGUUUAUAUUUUCUCAACAUUACAUGAUUUUUCAAUAUGUCUAACAAUAUUUUUAAAAUUAGUUCAGUAUACUUUUUUCCACCUUUGCUAACCUCAAAGGAGCUUAAUUAAUAAAUGUUAAGCACUUUUAGCC